AGUCAGAUAGGACACUCUUUGCUCUCCAUUGUUGCCAGGUUGAGAGAGAGAGAGAGAGAGAAACAUGGAAGGCACAAAAGAGAAGAAGAUGAAGAUACUAUGCCUCCAUGGAUUUAGGACCAGUGGGAGUUUUCUGAAAAAGCAAAUUAGCAAAUGGGAUCCUUCUAUAUUUGCUCAAUUUGACAUGGAUUUCCCAGAUGGUAUUUUUCCUGCAGGAGGAAAAUCAGACAUUGAAGGCAUCUUCCCACCACCUUAUUUUGAGUGGUUCCAGUAUGACAAGGACUUCACAGAGUACACAAACUUGGAAGAAUGCAUUUCUUACUUGUGUGAAUACAUAACAACCAAAGGUCCUUUUGAUGGUUUUCUUGGCUUCUCUCAGGGUGCAACACUGUCAGCCCUUCUGCUGGGCUACCAGGCACAAGGAAAGGUGUUGAAAGAUCAUCCACCCAUGAAACUAUUCGUAUCAAUAUCUGGGGCAAAGUUCAGAGACCCAAGCAUAUGUGAGGUUGCCUACAAAGACCCCAUCAAGGUUAAAUCUGUCCACUUCAUAGGAGCCAAGGAUUGGUUGAAACUGCCUUCUGAGGAUCUUGCUACCGCUUUCGACAACCCUCUCAUCAUAAGGCAUCCUCAAGGCCAUACAGUCCCAAGAUUAGAUGAGGUUGCUAUCGAGCAGUUGCAAGGUUGGACAGCAGAAAUCCUCCAUUGUAAUAAUAAUUGUGCUGUGGAAAACAAGCAUGAAAUGGAAAAUGGAGAAGCAAAAGUGGAAUUUGAGGAGAAAAAUGCAGAAGAAGCAUGUAAGAUCCACAACCAUGAAAAGAGUGCAAUUAACACAAACAAUAGGGAACUUGAAGUUGUUGAUGCAGCCUUGGCCUGAUAAUUUCGGAUAUGAAGACAUUGGUCUCUUUCCACCAGUUCGGUUCAAAUGAAUGAUCCAGAUCGGUUUAUGUAUUAGAAAAUUUCCUUGUCUUUGGUAUGGAUUUGCCCUCUUGACAUGUAUCUUUCAUUCAUAUAAACAUAUUAAGGAUAAAAUGUAAUAUUUUAUUGAAAAUUGUAUUUUCCUA